ACUCGCAAUGAUAGCGCGUGGAAGCUGUUUCGACUUCCAUCGAGAGGACCCCAAAUCUCAAAAAUGUGAAAACCCUAGACAUUUUAUUUCCCUAUCAGAAUCUUGGAUCUGGAAUAAUGGGAGUUUCACGGGCGAUGAAGCUCCUGGAAUCAAAGAAAAGAACAGAGGUGCAGCCAGAGCCAGAGCCAGAGUCAUAUGAAAAUCUCUCAGACUCCGUUCCAACACACAAAAAAACUAGGGAUUUACCCAACUUAACGGAAUGUCAUGCAUGCGGCUUCAAGGUUGACGUAUGCUCCGUGUCAGCGUUCUGUUCACAAAACCUGUUUUUUGAAAUACAAAAAUGCUCCUCCAUGGUCCUAUGCUUCUGUGGACUCUGAAUUUUCUGUGUGUGUGGAUUGCUGGAUUCCUAAACACUUGGAACUUUCAAGAAGAAGAAAAAGAAGAGUACUGGGUGGUGAAAAUGGUAGGAUUAUAGUAGAGAAUGGUAGUUCUAGGGUUUUGCCCGAUGGAAAUUUGGAGAGGUCAAUGGAGGAUUUGGUUGAGGACGCAAAACGUGUGGUGGGGGAGAAGGUUGAAGCAGCUGCUAGGGCUAGAGAGGGGGCAAUGAAGAAAGCUUUGGUAGCAAAAAGGGCGGUUGAAUUUGCAAAUAAUGCUUUAGGUCUAGUAGCAAGUAAGAAAAAGAGUGGUUUGAAUCUGCCUCCCGAGAGGGAUGCUUUUGAAGUUGUUGAUGGCUCUGAAUUGACUUUUGAGUUACAUCCACAGUUUAAUUGUUUGCCUAGGAUUUCAAAGAGUUGCUGCUUAUUGAAUACAAGUUCACUGGAUAUUCCUAAAAUGUUGUCUUCUAGUGUUGAUUCGUCGGGCAACACAUCAAACUUAAGGAAUGCCAAUUAUCGUGAUAAGCAUGAAGUGUCCUGUGACAAUAAGCUAUUGACGGACUCAAGUAAAUCUUUAUGUGAGCCUUUGGUUUCUGUAGGAUCUUUGGAUAGUGGUUCUUCAACUGGUCUGAAUCUUCUCUGUACGGGCAUGGAAACUGGUUCAAAAGUUGAUGAGCCCACAGCGGAAUCUGAUGGUGAAGGGGUUGGGGAAGAGCUGCAGAAGGAAGGGGAAGGAAGUUGUUCUGACAGGAUAAUAAACACGAGUGAAGAUACUGGCAUGGAACUUGAUCGUAAGCAAGCAGAUUCUGCAUUGCAUAGGGAAAAACUAUGCAAUGCACAACCAGAUAGAUAUUUCUUGAAGUACAGUAGGAGAAAUUGUAGUUUGAAAUCAAACUGAGGUAGUAAUUAGCGAGCCCACAAUCUGUUAGAAUGAGUUAGUAUUUACUCUAACAUUGGGGUUCCAAGGGAGUGAGUCAUUCGAUGGUUGCUUGUGAAAGUGGAUACUUUAGAAGCCAUCCUAGGAGGGAACAGAUAUACAGUUUUUUCUCUUGUUUUGGUUAAAACCUAGAAAGCUCUUUGUUAUCUUUUAGGUCUGUUAUCAUUUUUAACAUUGGAUUUGCUCUUCUGCUUUCAGUUUGAUCUAUGAAAAAUGAAUGAAGUUUUUGUUUAAGAACGUUAAAGUUGACUAAGAAAAGCAAGAAUGAUAAGAUAAGCAUUACUAAUUUCAUUGAUGACAUAUUGAAAUGAGAUGAUAAGCUACACAUUGCCCGGAAAGAGUAUUUCAGAGCACACCUGUUCACUGUUUUACUGGCAUUUCAAUGAGACUAUUCCAUAGCACUGA